CCUCUGAGCAAAGCCCUUUGCUUGGCCUCCCCCCCUGCUAAACCAGGGCUCUCCGGGCCAGUGGUGGUUUCGGUUGCGACACGGUCUAAGUUCCCGGGCUGAGACUGAUGGGCCUGGCUGCUUCAUCAUUUUUCACUGAGGAGGUGGUGGAAGGUGUCGCCGGGAGCGGCUGAGCCGGCUCCCCCACCCUGGGCCUGGCUCUUGGAGACCUCUGUACUUUGCCCUCGCUGCCUGACGGGUUCUCCAGGGCCCUGCUGAAUGGAAGCCAUUCCCUGCCCCUUUCUCAGAACGGCCGGCCCUCGGACACCUGGACACCAAGCCCAGCAGUAAGGCCAACAUGCUCCGUGGCCGCAACUCGGCCACCUCUGCUGACGAGCAGCCACACAUCGGCAAUUAUCGGCUCCUGAAAACCAUUGGCAAGGGCAACUUCGCUAAGGUGAAGCUGGCCCGGCACGUCCUGACGGGCAAGGAGGUGGCGGUGAAGAUCAUUGACAAGACCCAGCUCAAUUCUUCCAGCCUCCAGAAGCUGUUCCGGGAAGUAAGAAUAAUGAAGGUUUUGAAUCAUCCCAACAUAGUUAAAUUAUUUGAAGUGAUUGAGACGGAGAAGACCCUUUACCUUGUGAUGGAGUACGCCAGUGGAGGAGAGGUGUUCGAUUACCUGGUAGCUCACGGGAGGAUGAAGGAAAAAGAGGCCCGAGCAAAGUUCCGACAGAUCGUGUCAGCUGUCCAGUACUGUCACCAGAAGUUCAUUGUGCAUAGAGACUUGAAGGCAGAAAACUUGCUCCUGGACGCCGACAUGAACAUUAAAAUCGCUGACUUCGGCUUCAGUAACGAGUUCACCUUUGGCACCAAGCUCGACACCUUCUGUGGCAGCCCCCCCUAUGCGGCCCCAGAGCUCUUCCAGGGCAAGAAGUAUGACGGGCCUGAGGUGGACGUCUGGAGCCUCGGGGUCAUCCUAUACACGCUGGUCAGCGGCUCCCUGCCUUUUGACGGCCAGAACCUCAAGGAACUUCGGGAGCGGGUGCUUCGGGGGAAGUACCGGAUCCCGUUCUACAUGUCCACGGACUGUGAGAACCUGCUCAAGAAGUUCCUCAUUCUCAAUCCCAGCAAGAGGGGCACUUUAGAGCAAAUCAUGAAAGACCGGUGGAUGAACGUGGGGCAUGAGGAAGAUGAGCUCAAGCCAUAUGUGGAGCCGCUGCCAGACUACAAGGACCCCCGGCGGACAGAGCUGAUGGUUUCCAUGGGCUACACACGGGAAGAGAUCCAGGACUCACUCGUGGGCCAGAAAUACAAUGAGGUGAUGGCCACCUACCUGCUCCUGGGCUACAAGAGCUCAGAGCUGGAGGGGGAACCGAUCACACUGAAGCCGCGGCCGUCGGCAGAACUGACCAACAGCAGUGCCCCGUCCCCAUCCCACAAGGUACAGCGCAGCGUCUCUGCCAACCCCAAGCAGCGGCGCUUCAGCGAUCAGGCUGGUCCUGCCAUCCCCACCUCCAACUCCUACUCGAAGAAGACACAGAGUAACAAUGCAGAGAACAAGAGGCCAGAGGAGGAGCGAGAGUCCGGACGAAAGGCCGGCAGCACUGCCAAGGUGCCGGCCAGUCCCCUGCCAGGCCUGGAAAGGAAGAAGACCACCCCCACCCCCUCUACCAACAGCGUGCUGUCCACCAGCACCAACAGGAGCCGGAACUCCCCACUGUUAGAGCGGGCCAGCUUAGGCCAGAGCUCCGUCCAAAAUGGCAAGGACAGCCUAACCAUGCCGGGCUCCCGGGCCUCCACGGCCUCUGCCUCUGCCGCUGUCUCUGCGGCCCGGCCCCGCCAGCACCAGAAGUCCAUGUCAGCCUCCGUGCACCCCAACAAGGCCUCGGGGCUGCCCCCAACAGACAGUAACUGUGAGGUGCCCAGGCCCAGCACUGCUCCCCAGAGGGUCCCUGUGGCCUCCCCAUCAGCCCACAACAUCAGCAGCAGCGGUGGAGCCCCAGAGCGGACCAACUUCCCCCGAGGGGUGUCAAGUAGAAGCACCUUCCACGCUGGGCAGCUGCGCCAGGUGCGGGAUCAACAGAACCUGCCCUACGGAGUCACCCCUGCCUCUCCUUCUGGCCACAGCCAAGGGCGCCGGGGGGCCUCGGGCAGCAUCUUCAGCAAAUUCACCUCCAAGUUUGUUCGCAGAAAUCUGUCUUUCAGGUUUGCCAGAAGGAACCCGAAUGAGCCCGAAAGCAAAGACCGAGUGGAAACCCUCAGACCUCACAUGGUGGGCAGCGGGGGCAGUGAUAAGGACAAGGACGAGAACCGCGAGGCCAAGCCGCGCUCGCUGCGCUUCACGUGGAGCAUGAAGACAACCAGCUCCAUGGAGCCCAACGAGAUGAUGCGGGAGAUCCGGAAGGUUCUGGACGCUAACAACUGCCAGUGCGAGCUGCAGGAGAAGUUCAUGCUCCUGUGCAUGCACGGGACCCCGGGCCACGAGACCUUCGUGCAGUGGGAGAUGGAGGUGUGCAAGCUGCCCCGCCUCUCGCUCAACGGCGUGCGCUUCAAGCGGAUAUCGGGUACCUCCAUGGCCUUUAAGAACAUCGCCUCCAAGAUUGCCAACGAGCUCAAGCUUUAACGGGCUGCCGGGGGGCCGCCCCCCAGGACCAGCGCGGGCGCGCGCGCCCCGGACCGGGCGGGGCUGGAGCUGGGCCUGCCCCCCCUCCUUUGCAGUUUUUUCCUCCGCAUUUGUGGGGGAGGGAAGGUCGUUCCCCCCCACCCCAUGACCCUCAACACAAACAAGGAAUGUAGGGGGUUGUGGGGGCGGGGUGCCCCCAGGUACUGCGGUUGCACAGAGUAUUUCGCCGAAACCAAGAAUUUUUUUAUUACCAAAAAAAAAAAAUGCACCGGACACCUCCUCGCCCUCCCCCUCCCCCGGGGGUAGCUCAGACUGGAUCGAUGGCUUCUCCUCAAGGCUGGAUCACCCUCUUCCCUUCGGCCUCCAGACGGGCCGGUUUGGGGCUUUGCCCUGCCUUCCAUCUCGUAAAUAAACCACCAGGGGUUGCCUUUCUAGACUCAGGCCCCUAGCAUUGAGUGCCCAUAGUUAGGACUGGGGGGUUGGGGGAGUGUCGGUGCUGUGGGCAAGGGAAGAGAGUGUUCUGGGCUGAGGGGGGGCGGGGGGGGUCUACUUUCGGUGCCAUUCCCCUGUUACCCCCCCCCUUUUGCUGGGCAUUUACUUUCCACGAGCUGCUGUUAGGGGGAGGGGGGGCAGCCUUUCUCCCUCGUCCUCUCCUCCCCCGAGAGGCUGAAGACAGGGUCGAUUCCUGGGGCUUCCCCUUCCCCCUGCCAAAUGUCUAGGGAACGUGGGUCUGGGGGCUGCCAAGCUGGGAGGGAGAUGCCAGUGAGGAGCCAUGGGCUCUUGGGCCUACUGCUGCCCCCCCUCCAUCCCUAGGGCUGGGAAGGACAGGGUAUUCUCCUUUCUGGGAGAGGCCUUCGUCUGCAAGCACAUCCUCCCACCCCCCCACUCUCUCCAUUGGCAUUAAUUUGGGCACCAGCUAGGUUUGGAGCAGUGGGAUUUCUCUUCCUGCCUCUUCUAUCUCCUGGUUCCUUGAGCUUCUCUCCAGCUCUUUUCUUUGCUUCAUGCCACUGUUGCCCCCUUGGGCUCCAUCUUCUUGGGAGAAGUGGGGUGCCUGAGACUCUGAGCUGACAUGCUCCUGUGCCCUCCCCCAGCCAGAGGCCUGGAGGGGUCCGGGGCGGCCAGCUGGGGGGGGGGGUCAGCUGGUGGCAGCCAUUGCAUCCCUUAAUUUAUUUCUCUGCUGUUUCUGUUCUUGAGAAAUGAGGUGGGGGAGGGAGGGGACUGCACAGAGGCUGCUCCAACCCGCAUCUGAGUUGUACAUUUUUUGUGAUGGGUUUUAUUUUUUAUUAUUAUUAUUUUAUUUUUUGGUUUUUUUUUUUGUUUGUUUUUUUGAUUCAUGAUGACUUCCCUUUCUACAUCCCUUACCCCCUCCCAGCCCAAGGCUCAGCCAUGAGCAGAGCUUGUGGGUUCCAGGAAGGGAGUCUCGAUAAACUCCCGACCACCCCAAAAGAGGGCUCGGCCUCCCCCAGCCCCGCCCCUCCCCCCUUGUAGCCCACCCAGGGUGAGCAGUGGGGCGCAGGAGGGGAACAGCUCGGCUUUCUGAGGGGAAGGUGGGGGGGCCCAAGGACCAGAAGGUCAGGUCUACGCCCCCCCUGCCUCCCCCCACAGUUCCCUCUCAGCCCCCUCCCCACUUCCCAUACUUAGUUUCUCCUCUGGAUCAGACACACGUAAUAAAGAGAAUGUUUGGAAUCUGAGCCUUGGGCCAUGGCUGCUGCCUCUCCUUUCUUCUCACUGGCCUGGGCUAGACCUGGAGCAGCCGGCAGGUACUGUUGCCAUGGAGGGGUCCCAGCUGGCUCCUCCCCCCCCCCCCCCCCCCCGGAAAGGUGUGCAGAGGCUGGGGAAGGGAGGGCCGCACCCAGGGAGCUUGGAAAAAGUUUUAUUUUAAAAACUGACAAAAAAUAAAUUCAGGUGGCUUUC